AUGCUUAGUCACACCUACUAUAUGAUCGAAAGUUGUUUAUUUAAUAUGGAUGCCGAUUUGGAAGAAGCUCUCAAAUUAGCUAAAGACAAAAGACGUAAAAUGCUAGAUCAUGACUUACAAAGUCGUCGAAUGCAACGUAGUAGUGAUGAUAUACUCGUAAACAAUGAUGCGGCUGAGUCAUCGUUAUCUUUUCUACCACAUGUCACCAACAAUGUUCCAUACGGAGUUUCUUUAUUAGAAUCUACAUUACUGUUAGUACCGAUAUAUGAACAAAAUUCUGAUACUGAUUCGGAAUAUGAAUUAUUAAAAGUU